CUCUCCCAAACACACACACACACACACCAUCUUCCCUUUAGCUUUCCUCCGGAGAGCUUUUCAGUUUCUUUUGUUAUAUGGCUUUCAAUUUAAGUUUUAAUGGGUCAAAAAUAUUAUUUUAUUUCGUGUAUGUGUGGCCGGUGUUGUUGACGUCCACUUUCUCAAGCGAGGAAGGCCGGUGCUUUCACCUCACCUUGGAGAUCCCAUCUUGACUUGUCAAAGUGAAAAAUUUUGGGGAAAAAUGUGAGUCCUUCUUCGAGGGAAGACUCCAAGGAAAUGCCAGCAGGAUUUUACGGCUUUUGAACAGGAAAUAACCACGUUUUGCCACUCAUGGUUCAACAGCUCCUUUCAGCACAUUUUUAUGGAGUUUGUGAGAAGCAGCAGUGGCUAUUGCCCAGCACAACAUAGCAUCUUCGCAGACAAGUAGAUCUGAACUGAAAACCACACUUUGGAUUAACCAUCAAACGCUUUGUUUCUGACAAGAUUAGGAGAGAUAACAGACUUGGCCUGUUCAGUAUCUCCAGUUGUGUUCCUACUGCCUUGCAAUGUAUCUCCAAAUGGGGUGACUGAACUGCUGAACGUAAAAUUAUACAUGGUUUGAAGAAGAGUACAUAACAAGUGGGGUAAAAAAAGGAGGCUGAUUCAGAAGAUUCAAAGAAGAAUAUUUCCUUUUGCUGCAAUAAGAAACAUACAGUCAUAUGAACACAGUGCGCAUGUAUUGACUUGGAGAAAUUGUCCUUGUACUAAUAUACUUUGUGCCACUGAUUCUGACCCCCAUGGCUCGGAUAAAUCGCCCUGCGCCUGUAGAAGUUAGUUACAAGCACAUGAGGUUUCUCAUUACCCACAAUCCUACAAAUGCCACACUGAGUGCAUUUAUAGAGGAGCUACAAAAAUAUGGUGUGACCACUCUUGUGAGAGUAUGUGACGCCACGUAUGACAAGACUCCACUGGAGAAUGAAGGUAUUGAUGUAAUCGAUUGGCCGUAUGACGAUGGUGAUCCACCUCCAAACAAAGUUGUGGAUGACUGGCUUAAUUUGCUUAAAACUAAGUUCAGUGAACAGCCUGGUAGCUGUAUCGCAGUCCAUUGUGUUGCUGGUCUUGGGCGGGCUCCUGUAUUGGUAGCAGUUGCUCUUAUUGAAAGUGGAAUGAAGUAUGAAGAUGCGAUUCAGUUCAUCAGACAGAAACGCAGAGGUGCCAUCAACAGCAAACAGCUCUUAUACUUGGAAAAGUAUCGGCCAAAGAUGAGACUUCGAUUCAAGGCCCAUAAUAAUCACAAGAACAAUUGCGCCAUCGUAUGAAUUUGAACACUUUCAGCCAACAAUGGUUUACAGUGAUUUUUAUAAAAAAUAAAAUGCCAUUGGGUUUCCUGUCUUCAAA